UCUGCUUUACCUCCAACAGGGCAAAAAGUGCUACUUGCGUUUCAGCUGCAAUGGCCUCUGCUAUGCCUGACAAAGAGGAAGCUGCCAAGAGCUCCCUGGGGGUGAAGGAAGAAGAGCAGCAGGAUGCAGUAAAUCAGGUGGCUAACCUGACCUUGGUCAGCUCUGCCUGUGACAUGGUUUCUACAGCUUAUGCCUCUGCUAAGGAGAGCCACCCCUACAUCAGAUCUGUGUAUGAUGCAGCAGAGAAAGGAGUGAAGAGUGUGACUGAAGCUGCAGCCAGUUGUGUGCAGCCAGUUCUGACUACACUGGAGCCUCAUGUUGCUGCAGCAAGUGAGUAUGCCUCCAAAGGUUUGGAUAAACUAGGGGAAAAGCUCCCACUUCUUCAAAAGCCAGUGGAACAGAUUAUCUCUGACACAAAAGAGCUGGUAUCAUCCAGAGUGGCUGAUGCAAAGGGUGCUGUGAGCAGCAAAGUGACAGAGGUGAUAGACGUAACUAAGGAGACUCUUCAGAGCAGCAUGGAGGCUGCCAGAUCUGCAGUGACCGGCAGUGUAGGGAUGGUCAUGGACUCCAAAGUGGGCCAGACGGCUGUAAGCAGAGUAGAAGCUGUGCUGGGGAGGACAGAAGACAACUCUCUCCCUAUUGGAAAUGAGGAACUAGCCAAACUGGCAGCAUCAGAGGAGGGUGCAGACAUAAUGUCUGUGGAGCAGCAGCAGCAGAAGAGGAGGUACUUUGUGCGGUUGGGGUCUCUCUCUGAUGAGCUUCGCAUGUUUGCCUACCUGCACUCAACAGACAAAAUGAAGCAGGCCUGGCAGGGCAUGCAGGAGGCCCUUGCACAGCUUCACUGCAUCAUUGAACUGACUGAAGUGUUUAAGCAAGGAUUUAAUCAAAAGCUUCAGGAGGGGCAGGAGAAACUACACCAGAUGUGGCUGGACUGGAGUAGGAAGUCUUCCAAAGAGAGUGGAGAUGAAAGCUCUGCAAAGCCAGAGGAGAUGGAGUCUCUGGCACUGCUCAUGGCAUGCAGUAUCACACAGCAGCUGCAAAUCACCUGCUGUAAAAUAGUGUCUGCAAUCCAAGGCCUUCCCUCAAGCCUUCAGGAUAAGGUGAAGCAAUCUCUUAGUACCAUAGAGGAGCUUCAUGCUUCUUUCUCGGCAGCAAAAUCCUUCCAGGACUUGUCCAGCAGUGUCUUGACCCAGAGCCAGAGGAAGCUGGCUGUGAUCCAGGAGUACAUGGAGGAGCUGCUGGACUACCUGAAGAACAACACACCUCUGUCCUGGCUGGUGGGACCCUUCUCCCCCAGGGAGGAGGAGGAGGAAACCUCACAGGAGGAUGAACUCUCGCAGGAGGAGGCGGCAGAGACAGCAGGAGCAGGGCGUUGUGAAGCCUCCACCACCCUCAAGUAAAGGAUAAGGCCAUGAGCACAGGCCUGCCUGGCAUGACUCUGGUGAGAGCUUGGUCUUAGCUUUACAUAAGCCCACUCACCAGCUGAGGGAGGAGCUGCCACAUCUUGGGUGAUUAUCGGGUACUGGUGAAUAAAUCCUUAGGAGCUUCUAAGGAAGGUGGUGGAAGUAGCAGGGCCACUCUUAAGUGCUUGUAGCUGCCUUCAGGAAUGCUGGCUGAGCUCUGGGCCAGAAGAACAGAGCUGAAGCUCUGCAAUGCUCCCACCUCCCUAACAAGCUGUCUAUGUAUGUCCUUCAUCAAUGUAUCCAGCCACUGCCUAUAUUCAACACAACGAUUGCUGUUGGUCUUAAACCUCAGCUAGUAUACAGCGUAAAGAAUUGUCUUCCUAGAAGCUGCUUGUACUGGGUCAUAACUGCUUAAAAUAAAACUACUGCAUGCA